CUUAGCAGAUAUCCCUUAACUUGAUGAUAAUACUAUCUUGACAUGUUAAUUGAUUACUUUCAACUUUCACAAAAAUAUAUACAAUAUCAUAUUCUUCAACUUCAAGAGCCCUUGAACAUUAAUAAUAUAAAAACAAGAUAUAUUUAACGUGGAAAUAAAUAGCCUGUUUAUUUAUAUCAUAUAACAAUUACAGAACAGAACAAAAACAGAACAAAAACAGAACACUGUUUAUUUAUAUUAUAUAACAAUUAACAGAAAAAUUGCUGUGCAUUGUAUAUAAUAAAAAAAUGUUACCGCCAACUUACGUCGAAGGUUUUCACGACCUGGAAGCUGUGAAAACAAUGGAAUAUAGGCCACUUGGCAAAACCGGCUUAUUAGUUAGUAAAUUAUCACUUGGUGGUGGAAUAUUUGGUUGCCAUUAUGGAGAAUUCGAUGAAGAAGAAGCUAUUGAAGUAAUACGUCAAGGCAUCAAGCAGGGAAUUAAUUAUAUUGAUACUGCACCAUGGUACGGCCAAGGCCGUUCUGAGACCAUAAUUGGAAAAGCUCUCAAAGACAUUCCUCGUCAAGCAUAUUAUAUCGCGACAAAAGUCGGAAGAUAUGAAUUAAAUUACGAAAAUAUGUUUGAUUUCUCGAAAGAGAAAACUAGAAACAGUUUCAAUAAAAGUUUAAAACUUCUCGAUUUAGAUUACGUGGAUAUCAUACAGGUUCACGACAUUGAAUUUGCACAAAGCUUGGACGUAAUAAUUACCCAAACUUUACCGGAAUUGUCGGAGAAAGUUGCGGAGGGGAAAGCAAAACACAUUGGUAUCACCGGGUAUCCGGUAUCGGUUUUAAAAAAAUGUAUCGAAAAAAGUAAUAUUAACAUAAGUGUAAUCCUGAGCUAUGCAAGAUACACGUUAAUAGACAAUACUUUGUGCGAAUACAUUCCAUUUUUUAAGGAGCACAACAUUGGCAUAAUUAAUGCUGCAGCACCAUGUAUGGGAUUAUUAACUAAUAAGGGUCCACCAUCUUGGCAUCCAAGUUCAGAUAAUACUAAAAAGAUAUGCGCCGAGGCUGGAAAUUAUUGCAAGGAGCAUGAUACUGAAUUAGCAAAAUUAGCAUUAUGGUACACUAUGCAAUGUGAAGACAUAGCCACUUACCUGGUUGGAAUUCAAAACUUAAAAGAGUUGAAGAUGAACCUUAAUGUACUUAAAAAUGGCAUUACAGAAAGGGAGGAAACUCUAUUACAAGAAGUUCAGGAAAAAUACAUGAGUAAAAUAACAGAACGACAUUGGGAGAAUAACGAGGUUCAAAUAUAUUGGAAAAAUGUAAGGUUCAAAUGCUUCAGCAACCCAAAAGCAUGAAAAUGCAUUGGACAUGUACAUCCUGUUAUAAUAGAUGAUGCAGUUUAUACAAUGAAAUUUCUUCCGUUAGAAUUGUUUUACUUCAUUUAACUUUUUAUGUAUAUGUACUUUUAAGCUCAUAAAAAAUAUGAGAUAUGCAAUAGCAAAGAAACUGAUAAUUUUAAAUAAUUAUUAAAAUGAAUAGAAAUUAAUGCACAUA